AGGUGACCUGUAGGACGGCACCGAAGGCCCCAGACCCAACCACCACCACCACGGCCGUCUCCUUCCCAGCCAGCCUCCCGAAAAUUCGUUGCUUUCCAAACAAGCACGCACCUGUUAAUUUCAGACUUUCAGUAGCAUCAGAUCGAAUACCCUCUCACUUUCCGACGCUCAUCAGUAGCAGCUGGUGGAAGCAUCUCAUCUCAUGAUCCAUCUCCUCUCCCCCUUCUUCUUCUUCUUCUUCCACAUUUCCCAACACCUGUAAAGCAGCAGAGCACCAAGUGCAAACAGAUAGCCACAUCUCUAGCUUCCUUGUCUCAUCUCUCUCGAUCGCCACAAUCAGCUGGACCAGAAAUUCAUACAGAUCCUCUGCUCUGCUGGUUCUAGAACUUAGCAACAGAAUGGACUGACAGGAGCAAAGAUUUAGUUACUCAUCUCGGUUUCUUGGGAUUCUUCUUCUCUGUUCCUCUCUGAAUCCUCCCACCGUGCUUCCGUCUUCCAUGGCGGCAAUGGCCAGUCCUCCUCCACCUCCUCCUCCCACAGCUCUUCGGCCGCAGCCGACGUGGAUGCCCUACGAGCCGACCAGGGACUGCUCCCAGGGCCUGUGCAGCAUGUACUGCCCGCAGUGGUGCUACUUCAUCUUCCCGCCCCCGCCGCCGGUCUUCGACAUCGCCGGCUCCAGCGGCGACGGCGACGACUCCUCCGGCCCCACCUUCUCGCCCCUCGUCAUCGCCAUCAUCGGGGUGCUCGCCAGCGCCUUCCUCCUCGUCAGCUACUACACCAUCGUCUCCAAGUACUGCGGCACCUUCAGCUCCCUGCGGAACAGGGUCUUCGGCUCCCGCGCGGGCGGCGGGGGCGACGGCCACGGUCACGGCGACUCCAGGGGCCAGCAGGAGCCGUGGGACGCCGCGCCGUCCGACGGGAUGGACGAGACGCUGAUCAACAAGAUCACCGUGUGCAAGUACAGGCGCGGCGACGGGUUCGUCGACAGCACCGACUGCUCCGUCUGCCUGGGCGAGUUCCGGGACGGCGAGAGCCUGCGGCUGCUGCCCAAGUGCAGCCACGCCUUCCACCUGCCCUGCAUCGACACCUGGCUCAAGUCGCACUCCAACUGCCCGCUCUGCCGCUGCAACAUCGCCUUCGUCGCCGCCGUCGGCAUGGUGUCGCCGGAGCCGGAGGACCGGAGGGGCAACCACGAGUUCGUUCUCACCAUAGAAGACUACUCGGAGGCGGGGCAAGUGCGCGAAGAGCCACAGACAGUGCCUAGCAGCAACGGUGGCGGCAAUCAGGACCUGAAAGAUCGUCCAGGGAGAUCCGAGGCGGCCAAUGGCGUGGUGGAGAUCAGAGAAGACGGCGCCGCGCCACCGGUCCCUCUCAGAACGCCGUCGUCGCUGUCAGACACGCACCGGGAAGCCCGGGUGUCCAUCGCCGACGUGCUGGAGGCCAGCAUGGAUGACGAGCUGACGGCGGCCAGGGAGAGCGGCCUCCUGCAGCCAGGCUCUUCGAGGCGCUGUCACGGGGAGCACAGCAAGGACGGCGCGCCGACCAAGAAACUGCCGUCGGCUGGUAUGUCCUGCUUCAGCGGCAAGAGUGGUGGCGGCAGAGGAAAGGAUUCAGCUCCUCCAAUGUGAUUCUUGAGAUAUUCCUCUUCUUUUAACUAGAACACUUGACCGUGAUUAUACUUUUCCGUGUGAUUUCGAUGGAAGAUCGAGUUGUUAGAUUUCUUCGUCGCUAUGAUCUCAUCUUGCGGAUCACCCGCAUCAUGCAGAAAUCGUCCCCCUUGUUCUGCUGACUGAUGAGAUCUCCUGCACCUGCUUGGUCUUCCUGCAUUCUAGAUAAAAUUGUAUAGGACUUGAUUUUACUUCUUCUUGUUCCAUAUUGCCACUCGUCCUUCUA